GCGCCUCUACCAUCGAGAGCAACUUCCGGCGUUGCUGGUGUAGGUGGGUGAAGAAGGAGCGGGCCCUCGCGCUUCUGUUUCAGUGCCUCGCGCUCUCUCGGGCAACAUGGCGGGUGUGGAGGAGGCAGCGUCCUGCGGGAGCCACCUGAAUGGCGACCUGGAUCCAGACGAAAGGGAGGAGGGAGCUGCCUCUACGGCUGAAGAAGCGGCCAAGAAAAAAAAACGGAAGAAGAAGAAGAGUAAAGGGGCUGCCACAGGGCAACAGGAACCUGAUAAAGAAGCAGGAGCCUCAGUUGAUGAGGUGGCAAGACAAUUGGAAAGACAAGCAUUGGAAGAGAAAGAAAAAGAUGAUGACGAUGAAGAUGGAGAUGGUGACGGAGAUGGAGCAACUGGAAAGAAGAAGAAAAAGAAGAAGAAGAAGAGAGGACCAAAAGUUCAAACAGACCCUCCCUCAGUUCCAAUAUGUGACCUGUAUCCUAAUGGUGUAUUUCCCAAAGGACAAGAAUGCGAAUACCCACCCACACAAGAUGGGCGAACAGCUGCUUGGAGAACUACAAGUGAAGAAAAGAAAGCAUUAGAUCAAGCUAGUGAAGAGAUUUGGAAUGAUUUUCGAGAAGCUGCAGAAGCACAUCGACAAGUUAGAAAAUAUGUUAUGAGCUGGAUCAAGCCUGGGAUGACAAUGAUAGAAAUCUGUGAGAAGUUGGAAGACUGUUCACGAAAGUUAAUAAAAGAGAAUGGAUUAAACGCAGGCCUGGCAUUUCCUACUGGGUGUUCUCUGAAUAACUGUGCUGCCCACUAUACUCCCAAUGCUGGUGACACAACAGUAUUGCAGUAUGAUGACAUCUGUAAGAUAGACUUUGGAACACAUAUAAGUGGUAGGAUUAUCGAUUGUGCUUUUACUGUCACUUUUAAUCCCAAAUAUGAUACAUUAUUAAAAGCUGUCAAAGAUGCCACUAACACUGGAAUAAAGUGUGCCGGAAUUGAUGUUCGUCUCUGUGAUGUUGGUGAGGCUAUCCAAGAAGUUAUGGAAUCCUAUGAAGUUGAAAUAGAUGGGAAGACAUAUCAAGUGAAACCAAUCCGUAAUCUAAAUGGACAUUCAAUUGGGCCAUAUAGAAUACAUGCUGGGAAAACAGUGCCCAUUGUGAAAGGAGGAGAAGCAACAAGAAUGGAGGAAGGAGAAGUAUAUGCCAUUGAAACCUUUGGUAGCACAGGAAAAGGUGUGGUUCAUGAUGAUAUGGAAUGCUCACAUUACAUGAAAAAUUUUGAUGUUGGACAUGUGCCAAUAAGGCUUCCAAGAACAAAACACUUGUUAAAUGUCAUCAAUGAAAACUUUGGCACUCUUGCCUUCUGCCGCAGAUGGCUGGAUCGUUUGGGAGAAAGUAAAUACUUGAUGGCUCUGAAGAAUCUGUGUGACUUGGGCAUUGUAGACCCAUAUCCACCAUUAUGUGACAUUAAAGGAUCAUAUACAGCACAGUUUGAACAUACCAUACUUUUGCGUCCAACAUGUAAAGAAGUUGUCAGCCGAGGAGACGACUAUUAAACUUAGUCCAAAGCCACCGCAACACCUUUUAUUUUCUAAGCUUUGUUGGAAUACAUUAUACCAGAUUUAAUUUGCAACAUGUUGUCUUAACAGUGGACUUAUGUAAUACUUUUAUCCAUGUUUAAAAAGGAAGGAAUUUGAUGCGAGGCAAACCAUUUAAUGCCAUUAACCAAGGAAAAAGCUUCGAGGACUUUGAAAUGUUAACCAUUUUCUGUCUGUAAAACUCCAAAUAGUUAGGAAUGACUUACACAUUUUGUUUCAAACACCUAAGAGAUGCUUUUCAGAUAUUUAUAUUGCCAUAUUCUUAAUUGAAUGCUUUGAAUGACUACAUCCAGUUCUGCGCCUAUAUACCCUCUGGUAUUGCUUUUUAACCUUCCUGGAAUCCAUUUUCUAAAAAAUAAAGACAUUUUCAGAUCUGAGAGCUAUA